CUUCCGUCUCCCCUCCUCCUUGCCCUCCCCAUCUCUGGUGACCUCUGUUCCACAUGUUCUUCCUCAAGGGCUUCCUGGCUUCCCCAGGCAUCCUGGCUCAGGAGAAGGCUGCAUGGCAACAGGUGGACAGUGGUGGCUUUCUGCUUGUUGGUGACCCUGUCAGUGUGGACUAUCACCCGCUUCCCCCCGGAGCGUCCAGUCACCUACCCGGACCUUGGUCUCAUGGAGCCUCAGGGGGACAUUGGUGCCCUCAUGCCCCGCGUCCGGCAGGUUUUGAGCUCCAGCCGGAGGCAGCAGACAAGGACGCUGGGGCUCUGGCAAGGCCGGGUUUGGCCCAGAAAUCCCACCACUGUCGGUGCUGAGAAGCAAGGCCCCUGGGGGCGAGGGGACAGAAGCAAGCAGCCCCCAGGAAGGGCCAGCAAGCACCCAAGACGCGUCAGGAGGGACGUGACUUUGACAGGAGAUGCAGGACUCCGAACCCAGCACCUUGUGCUUCUGAGACAUGGGGAAGUCAGAGACGCAGGAGCCAAAGCCCCGGCCCAGCCGGGACACGAGGGUCCCAUGGAGGAGGUGCAGAAUGAGACAGGUGCCCCAGGCAGCCCGCGUGCAGGGACCAGUGGGGCAGCUGAUGCCAGGCUGAAACCCUGGCCCCUGGCAGAAGGCAUGGGUCUGCUGGGGGCGGGGGACAGAGUCUCCGUGGGUGGGGAGCAAAGAGGGGACCCCGUGCUGGCACCAAGGGCCCGUGCAUGGCCUGGCUCUGUUGGGGAUCUGCAGGGGUCAGGGUGGUGUGACACCGAGACACCGGCCGUGCCAGGGCUGGCUGGGCAGACCCCCCCAUGGCUCACAGAGCACGACGUGCAGAGACUGCGGCUGCUGACCCGGGGCGAGGUGGUGGGCAAAGCCCGGGUCCCGGGUCACGGGCAGGUGCUGCAGGUCGAGCUGUCUGCUGAGGGUGCCCGCCAGGGUGCAGCCCUUCCCGGGCUCAGCCCAAACUGCUCCCGGGGGCUCUGCGGCCUGAUCAAGCGGCCCGAGGACCUGCUCGAGGUGCUGUCCUUCCACCUGGACCGCGUGCUGGGGCUGCGCCGAAGCCUGCCCGCGGCGGCCCGCCGCUUCCACAGCCCCCUGCUGCCCUACCGCUUCACGGAUGGUGGUGCCCGGCCAGUCAUCUGGUGGGCACCCGACGUGCAGCACUUGGCCGACCCCGAGGAGGACCAGAACUCCCUGGCCUUGGGCUGGCUGCAGUACCAGGCCCUGCUGGCACACGGUUGCAGCAGUGGGCCAGACCAGGCCCCGUGCCUGGGGAUCCGCCGCUCAGAAUGGGGACGCCUGGCGCUCUUCGACUUCCUGCUGCAAGAAGCCGGGGUCCAUCCAACCCAGCACUGGGCACAAAUCCCAGACACAGCCUGCUCUGCGGUCAGCAUGCAGCUCAGCUGCUUGGUUCGAUCCUGUCUAAACUGUGUUUCCAUGUGUUCCUGUGUCCCCAACACACCACAGAGCGGGCCAGCACCGCCCCACACACCUCGCCAGCUCCACGCCUGGGCUUCAGAACCCACGGAGUCGGCGAUGGCUGAGUGCCAGUGUGGACCAGCUGCCCAAACCAGCUCUGCGGCUCUUGCUGCAGGGUCUGUGGGUUGGGGCGGCCCGCUCAGAGCAGCUCUGCAUCGCUCCGCUCUGCCACCCGGGCACAGGAAUUUGCUCUGGGACUGGAAGAAGCCCAGGAGCUCAAGCAAACCGCAAAAACUGCUCAAGGUCUGCCAGGAUCACGUCUGCUACCCUUCCGCUGGCCGCAGCAAGUCAGGGGCCCGGCCCAGCAUCAGGGCAGGCACUUCCGAUCUGCGCACUGGCGAGGUUCAGGAACAGCGGUCAGACCAGGCGUGCACCCUCUCCAAACACACGCACUGCACACCCUGCGCAUGUGCACGCGGGAGUGUGCUUGGCGGGAGGAGGGGGCUCAAAGCCUCUGCUCUGCUCGAUGUCGGGGCGGCCUGGACCCAGAGUGGCGUUUGCUCUGGUGGAAGGUGUGCAGUCCCCCUCUUGGGACAGCAGAGGCAACGAUCGCAGGCCAUGGUGGCCAAGCUGGCCUCAGGGGACACAGGAGGGGCUCCUCAGGCAGGGUAUGGAGGAAGGGUGGGGCAUCUCUGCUUCUCUGCUGCUGCUCACGGGGGAGAAUCCUGCAGGGGUGAGAGGUGGGGGAGCUCACAGGGACAUUCUGCACCUUCUGUGGGAAGAAGCUUCACGUCCUGAACGUCGGGGACCUGAAGCCCCAGCCGUGGCCCCUGCUGGGCUUUCCUGCCUCUGCCUACUUCCCCUCCCCUCCAGUCCUCCCAGGAGCCCCAGGGGUGGUCCUGGCUUGGGGCCCCAGGAUCAGUGCCUGAGAUGGAUUCCAGCGGGGGCAGGUGCCCUGGGAGGGGACCCCAGCGGCCCGGGUAGGGAUGGGGAUGUGUGAGGGGAGGACACAGCUGGCGGUGGGGCUCUGAUCUAGCAGGUCGCGAAGCGGGGGCAGCUCGCCUCCAAGGAGAAUUCUGGGAGCUGUGUGGGACCGGCUCCGAGUGGCCCAGGAGGGGGAGGCACCUGUCCUGUGGCCUGGCUGCAGAGGGAGCCCUGGGCAGGCCAGGCAGGCGGGAUGUCCAAGGGGUACUUGGGGUGCCCCAGGUCACAAUCGACACCAGGGCGUGUCACAGGCACGGCCUUCUCCGCAUCUUCUGUAUCAGGCCUUCAAGGCCCCCCCGGUCCGUCAGCGUCUUCCUUCUCUGGCUCUGGCUCUUGGCACCGCCCUGGCAGCCCCUCCGAGGCCCAGGGCAUCUGUGCCCCUUCCUCCUCGCAGGCCUCCUGCUCGGACCACGUCUACCUCCUCCGAGCUGGCCUGCUUCCUCUUUCAUGGCGGCUGUCUGUUUCCUCCUGACUCUCGGCACAAUAUGUGAUCAUGUUUACAAAUAAUCAUCUGCUGCCACAAAUAAUCAUGUUUGCCUCGCCCCGUGUGUGUGUGCGCGUGCGCACGCGCGUGUGUGUGCAUGUUUGUGUGCGCAUGCUGUAUGACAUCCUCAGCACGAACCGAGCACGCCCUGGUGAAGUGUCUAUCUGGAUGUCCCCCAAGCCUCAUGAGCUUCUCGGUGGGGCUUUGGGGAGGUGAGUGCACUAUGGGGAGGGGCUGACUUGUGGUCCGGGAACCCCGUCUGUGGAAGAGGCUGGAAAGGCUUGACCGCCCCCAGCCCUCCUCACUCUGCCAGGAGCAGCUCUCCUCUGCGGUGCCCUCCGCCACGCCCUGCUGCCACACCACCCGCCUUGGAGCUGGUGGACGAUGGACUGAAACCACCACACACUGCGCUGUGACAAACCUCUCCUCCUCUAAGUCACGGCUGUUCGGGUAUUUUGUCCCAGCAGUGGGGAAAGUGACCAAGACGCUUGGUUGAUCCCGCUUGAACCCUUUCAAAUGAAUGAAUGAGUGAGUGAGUGGGUGCGUGCGUGAACUUCCAGGGUCUUCAUAUGGUUUUCCUUCUGAGUGCCGCUCUGUUCUGCAUCCUCGGCUCUCAUUCCUUCCCACACCCCACAAAGCAUCCCAAGGCUGAGUCCACUUCUCACUCACGGAACAACUGCGGGGGCGGAAACAACAGCAGUCACGACGUCUGCCCCAGGCUGGUUAGUGACUCAGUGUCCUGAGCAGAAGACCUGUGUGACAGCGUCGCACCACUGAGCAUUCGCGUGUUAACGCACGGCGGCCUUCACGGUCAGCGUUCCCGCUACCCGACAGCCACUACCUAAGGCGGGAGAGGCUCUGGGCUCGUGAUCUGGGAUGGUUCCGUCCAGGGUCAGCUCCUCCAAGGCCAGCGCGUCGUGGCAGAAGGGCUGGCAGAGCAGGGCUGCUUGCUUCAUGGAGGCUUGGAGGCAGAGCCCCGAGGAAGAGCGCCAGUGGGAGACAGGCCCUCCAAAGCCUCCCCAGCAGCCACCUCUUUGAACGGGGCUUCCUCCCAGCCACACACUCAUCCACAAGCAUCAGAGAGCCCACAAAUGAGCACAGCGCUCCACAGUCCAGCGUCUCUCUCCGGUCUGUCCGUCCAGGCAAGUCAGUUCACUCACACGCAGCCGGAGGAGGUAGACGCUCUUCUUAGCCCCACCCACAGAUGGGGAACUGAGGCCUAAGAGCGCUGCAGAACCUAUCCGGCCACACAGCCUUGAGCGUCGGAGCCGGAGUCUAAUCCAGGGCCCGGCCACACACUCCUGCCCGUUCUGCCACACUUAAGGCCUCUGAAAGUUACUUCCAGUACAAGCAGGCAGCUUCCUUCCCAGGGAGCCCAUUUCAGUCGUGCGUGGCCCUGCAGGUGUGGCCUGUUCUGUGUCCCACCUGACUGCCCAUCUCUUGUCUCCUCUGACGCCUGGGACACCAGAAGGCGUGUCAGCUAGGAGCCCAGAUGGGUGACCCCUGCCAACCAGAGGUGCUCGCUACAGCAGCCAGCGGCUCUCACGUUCCUGCCACGAGUCACAUCAAGCUCACUGUGUCCCCCAGGUCGGGACACAGGCGCCAUGCUCCUCCCUGCUGCACACACGGCACAGCCAGGCACCGGGCGUGGGGCACGCCGCCAGGCCAAGGGCAUUUCAAGGCAGUGUCUUUUCAUAUGUUUAAAAGCAGGGCCUAGAUUAGGUGAAGUGUGAUAGUCAGAAUUUUCUGCUGGCUUCAGGAUUCCCACCCCCCUAUCCAAGCACCCCCCCCCCGUGUGUGGGUGAGAAUUUUAGGAAAUAUCACUCUCAAUUAGUUGCCAAUCAGUUGAUGGAGUCAAUAAAAAGGGGGAUGACCCUGGGUGGGCCUGGCCUCAUGGGGUGAAGGCAAAGCACCUGAAAGCCUCUGGCUGGCUUCUGGGAGGAACAUGAACAGCCUGAUGUGGGGGGGGCUCGAGGGUCCAGGAGGACCCCAGCAUCCCUGGGGACCCCUUUCCUACAAGGCCUAGCGUCCGCUUGGCAACUUGAAUGAGCAGGGGAAGGACUUGAACUCCAUGAGACAUGGCCCUGUCAGCUCCUUUAUUUUAGCCGAGGGGACCCAAGCAGAACACCUAGUAAAAGUGAGGGGCUCCCCCAAACUGUGGGGCACAAGUGCUGUCUUCAGCCACUAAGCUGCCACCUUUGCCUGGGCGAAACCCCACGGUGGCUCUGCCUCCGCGGAAAGCCUUUAAACAGACAAGAACAGAACGGAACGAAAACCUGUCCACUUUCCUUGUUCCAUUUCCUGUUGAGUCCUCAGUCUCCCAGUGGCCUUAAGAGCCUUUUACAAAUUAAUUAGCCAUUUUCAUCAUGGGGUUGUUUCUGUCAAGGUGCAGUCUUUUGCUGUGCAGAAAUGUUAAUAAAAUUAAAGCUGACAAGCCAA